ACACACACAAUUUAUGUGCUCUCAAAUCAUGCAUUAUAUCCAAUCGAUCAAGCAAUGGCAUUUCGAGCUAGUAUUCUUUUGUAUAGUGCAAGCAACACACGUAGAUGUGCUCUACAGCAUGUACUGCGUGCUUCCAAGAGCACAACUGCUACUUCUCAAGUAUACGUAGGCAGUGGUGGAGAGUCUACCAAACCGUUUUCUGAGAUGCCAGGGGAUGCUGGUUGGCCUGUCGUCGGUGCUGUUAGGUCGAUACCCGAACUGAUUAGUGGGAAGGUUGGAAAAGAGUCGUAUGUGUACAAGUUGUGUGCUAAGUACGGCACAAUAGCCAGGGUGAAUAUUCCAGGUUUUGGUUGGAUGGUGUUUGUGAAUGGCACAGAGGCAGUAGAAACAAUGUUCAGAACAGAAGGAAAGUAUCCUUCUCGUGGGGCUGUCUUUGAGCAAGCUGUCACCAACAUUUACAAGCAUAGCAACUGGCCCUCAGGGUUGAUUUUUGCGUACGGUGAGGACUGGAAAAGAAUCCGUUCGGCCAUUGGCAAGCAAGUGAUCCCCAGGAGGGUUGGUAACCUCACUCCACCUCUGUGCAGUGUGACAGGCGACCUUUUAAACCACUUGGAGGAGACAACCUCAAGUAAUGGAGGAAAGAUUGAAGACGUCACACCAAUACUGACAAAAUGGGCCUUUCAAAAUACUGCUUACUUUGUAUUUGGGGAGAAUCUUGAAGUGUACAACACAGACAAACAAACUCAUCAAGAGUUUAUGGAAGCUGGCCUAGAGUUCAUUAAACAAGUUGGCUUGAUUGUACCUCUACCGAUCUUCAAGUAUUUUCCGUCAAUCGCCUACCGGACAUUUAUUCAGGCUACCAAAAGAAUGAGAGAAUUAGGCAAGCAGGUAAUGGAGAGGAAGGUGGUUGCUCUGAGUGAGGAAAUAGCGAGGGGUGUGGUGGAUGAAACGAGGGCCGUGGGAAUUCUGGAGCAGUGGCUCAUUGAAGGGAAGCUAGAACCAGAGGAUGCUCUCACUCAGGCUUGUGACUUGUUGUCAGCUGGCCUUGACACUACGAAAAACACCAGUACAUUCAUGCUUCAUGAGCUUGCCAAGCAACCAGCACUGCAAGACCAACUGUGUGCUGAGAUCAGGACUGUUCUUGGUGACAAGGUCAAUCCAUCCUGGGAGGACUUACAGAACAUCCCCCUCGUCCGCUACUGUCUCAAGGAGACACUUAGACUCUAUCCAGCUGUGGAGAUGAAUACCCGGGAAAUCACAACAGAUGUUGUUCUCAAUGGCUAUCAAGUCCCAGCAGGGACUGCAGUAAUUUCUUGUAACAGUCUGAUGUCACACAGUACGGACUACUUUGAUGAGCCGGAUAAGUUCAUUCCUGAGAGGUGGAAUAAGAGCAAGGAGGACUCUAUUCAUCCGUUUGUGUCUCUACCCUUUGGGUUCGGACAGAGAGGAUGCUAUGGACGUCGUCUAGCUGAGCUGGAGAUAUACAUUCUCCUCACUAAGCUCAUCCCCAGAUUCACCCUUUCCACUGACCAAGACUCCAUUGCUCUGUUUCAGGGGACAGUCCUCAAACCAAAUGAACCCGUCCCCAUCACUAUCAAGGAGAGAUAAUUGUAACAGUCUGUUUGUAUAGCUAUAAACAGGAGUGUAUAUAUAAUACAUUAUUAUUGUUGUAAGCACCCUUUUUAAAUAUUAUUUUACUUGAUAA